AUGGCAUCGAAAGGCGUUACCAUGUUCGAUCCCCCGCCGCUGGACGACAAGAAGGCGCCCAUCGAAAACGUCCUGGAGUUAACUCCGAUUCUCGACAUUGGACCGGAUGUUUUCACCAACACUCGUCCGCUCUGGCAUCCCCCCGGCGCGCGGGGCGUCUACGGAGGCUCCGUGAUCGCGCAGUGCCUCAGCGCCGCCCAACGCACCGUCCCCGAACAAUUCUUCGUCCAUAGUAUGCAUUGUUAUUUCGUGCUUGCCGGAGACUCUGAGCUGCCCAUCGCAUAUCAUGUCGAGCGAGUGCGCACCGGAAAGAGCUUUGCUACCAGAACCGUGCAGGCGCGACAACGUGGGCGGCCCAUUUUCACAACGACGCUCAGCUUCAAUAGAAUAAACAGCGGCGGUAAGAAGCGUGUUGAGCACAGUACUAGGAUGCCUGAUGUCUCGCCGCCCAAGGACUUGCCUACAUCGCGCGACCCGAAAAGCCCAUUUGAGGUGCAGAAUCCAGGAAGGGACACUAUCUCCAAGGAUAUUCCUCUUGAUGAGAAGCGCGUGGGCCACUGGGUCCGUUUCCGCGGCCAUAUCUCAGAGCUCGGCGGGCGUCAAGCUCACCUUGCUGCGCUCGCCUACAUGACCGAUAAUUACUUUAUUGGUACCGUGUCGCGAGUGCACAACAUUCCACGGUUCUCCUCGCCAACAGCGUUGCAUCGGGCUCUCAAGGCGCUCAAGAACCCGUCCGAUCUUGAUAGUGAAGGCAUUUCGCGGUAUUUCAAGGAAUUCGCCGAGGAGGAAGCCAGCGAGAUCCGAGCAAGCACAAGGGACGGCACACUGACUGCAAAUAAACUGUCCUCAAUCAUCAAGCGGCGCGACGACCGGCAGAUUGGCAUGAUGGUGAGCUUGGACCACACGAUAUACUUUCAUGAUCCGCUAGGUUUCCGGUCGGAUGAUUGGUUGCUGUGCCAGAUGGAGAGCCCGUGGGCUGGCGAAGGUCGGGGACUUGUGAUGCAGAAGAUAUGGUCGCGAGAUGGGGUGCACGUUGCGACGUGUGUACAGGAGGGCGUCGUCCGUUUACAGCAGGAUGAAGAGACGAGGGAAUCCAAGCUCGCCCGCAAAAACAUUGAAAAAAAUGCUGCUCGCUGCUUCUUCCUCUGGGAAUCUCGUCUCACAACGAGCAUGGGCACCCUGACGAAUCUCCCGACCGAGCUGAUCCUCAUCGUCACCCGGCAGUUGCGCAACAUCGAGGACUUCCUUGCUCUGCGGUCCACGUGCCGCCUGACCUACGACAUCCUCAGCGAGAAUACCGCCCCGCAUACUAUCCUCGACCUGCUCGCUGCGUCGGCGCCGACUUUUUGCUCGCCGCAUCCCUAUUUUCUCGUCGCUGCUCUCGCUCGACAGACCUCGGAAUGGGCUCUAGCUGACCCCGCCGCACGGAUUCCGCCUCUGCGCAAGGCAUUCCGUGGCGGCAUCGACGCUCUCUUUGCCUUCUGCCUCGAACAUGCCCCCCGCGGCCUCACCCUGGAUGAGAUUCGGCAUCUGCACUCCCUGCGUUUCAGCGUGCUGAACCCUCUUACCGAUGCCAUCGACCGCAUGGCCGGCCCCCAGUACAAUGCCACGCCUGAUUUCUGGGAGGGUGGCGUGUCCGAGCCCAACACCCUAUAUACCGAACCUAGCCGAGCGACGAUGCAGAUUCUGAUCUACGGCGAGUUAUUCGGGACAUCCUUUGAUCAUUUCCUGGACAGACCGCUUCGUUUCGCGGAUACGUCUGUUCCAGCUUCGCCUGCUUCGCUCUCUCCGCCCCCCUCGGCAUCGUCGUCGGUGUCUUUCUUUUCCACCUCUUCCGACCCCCGGUUGCCGAAAGAAUACCCUGUCUUUACCAUCCAAGACAGGCUCGAUUUUGUGAAAUAUUGUAUCCCUGAUUGGAACUGCUCCGCAUGGGGUCCCUUUGAAGUUGACCGAAUUGGCCCUUACCAAGUACGCGAGGUCGAGGGUGACCACACAUCCAACUUACCCGCUGACCAGACCGCUCUCCGACAUGUCCUCACCUGCCGCCGCUGGCGACGCAUGUGGCGUGAGGGAAUGGCCAAGGUUGAUAAAGACGAUUUCUCGCCGCCGCCGCCAACCAGAAGGUUGAGCAUCAUUAGUAUCAUGAGUUAUGAAGACCGUUCCUCACCGUCUCGACCUGCCCCAGAAGACAUUGGACCGCGAGCCCACUACUGGGCCGACCACUUCAGUUGGGUAGGCGACGAAGGAAAGACCGAUAUACCAAAUUUGUCGACCGAGAACUGGCGACAGAAGCUGUAUCGCGACGCACUGGUAUUCCAGGGCAUCGAAGGCAUGCAGCUUAUCACAUUACCAACCCAUAAGAUUAGUCCACGUGUAUUGGAGAAGGCGCGCUGGAUUCGGCAGAAGAUUUCGGAGUUACAAGUGCCCAUUGAGAUGACGACGUUUGGACGCUUGACGCCAAUGCUGGUCUCGUCGGCGCCCGAUCUCUCGCAGGAACUAUGGCUAGGCGUGAGAGGAAGGUGGCGCCCCUCUGUUAAUGUAUGA